GCUCAGAGCUGCUCCGGCCGCGGCCCUGGGAGCUGAAGGAGCCGCGACUCAGCAGGCAUGACUGGAGAGGGAAGUCCCAAUGGUGCUAGAAUGGUGCUGCAGUGGCAGAAGACGGCUCACGAGUGAGGUGUGGAAGAACAACAGGGAAGACAUCCAUCAUUUGCUCCAAAGUGUGCAAGUCAGAUCCUGGGGAGAAUCAUGAUAACCCUGAUCACUGAGCAGCUACAGAAGCAGACUCUGGAUGAGCUGAAAUGCACACGCUUCAGCAUCAGUCUGCCUUUGCCUGAUCAUGCAGACAUCUCCACCUGUGGGAACCCUUUCCAGCUUGUGCCUGAAGGUGCUUCCUGGAGGGGCCUGCCCCGCUGUUCCUGUGCUGAGUUCCAGGACAGCCUCAACCUCAGCUACCACCCCUCAGGCUUGAGCCUGCACCUCAGACCACCAAGCCGGGGAAGUUCCCCACCAGAGCAACCCCUCUCCCAAGUCCUAAGCCCUGAGCCCCCUGACCCAGAGAAGCUUCCUGUGCCCCCCGCCCCUCCAUCCAAGAGGCACUGCCGCUCACUCUCAGUGCCCGUGGACCUGUCUCGCUGGCAGCCGGUGUGGCGGCCUGCCCCCUCCAAGCUGUGGACUCCCAUCAAGCAUCGGGGCAGUGGUGGAGGGGGUGGGCCGCAGGUGCCUCACCAGAGCCCCCCGAAGCGGGUCUCCAGCCUCAGGUUCCUCCAAGCUCCCAGUGCCUCUUCUCAGUGUGCCCCAGCCCACAGACCCUGCAGUCCCCCUUUCUUCAGCCUGGCCCUGGCCCAAGAUUCCUCUCGACCCUGCGCUGCCUCCCCCCAGAGUGGCUCCUGGGAGAGUGAUGCUGAAUCCCUGUCACCUUGCCCACCCCAGCGCCGCUUUUCCCUGUCACCCAGCCUGGGCCCACAGGCAAGCCGCUUCUUGCCCUCUGCCCGGAGCUCCCCCGCAUCCUCCCCAGAGCUGCCCUGGCGACCUAGAGGCCUCCGAAACCUUCCCCGAAGCCGCUCACAGCCUUGUGAUCUGGAUGCCCGAAAAGCUGGAGUCAAGCGGCGACACGAGGAAGAUCCCCGGCGGCUGCGGCCUUCCUUGGACUUUGACAAGAUGAAUCAGAAACCAUACUCAGGAGGUGUCUGUCUCCAAGAAACAGCCCGGGAAGGCAGCAGCAUCUCUCCACCGUGGUUCAUGGCCUGUAGUCCCCCACCCCUCUCCGCUUCCUGCAGCCCCAUUGGGGGUUCCUCGCAGGUGCUGAGUGAAAGCGAAGAAGAGGAGGAAGGGUCCGUGCGGUGGGGGCGGCAGGCACUGAGCAAGAGGACACUGUGCCAGCAGGACUUUGGGGACCUGGACUUGAAUCUGAUUGAGGAGAACUAAAACUGAGAGGCUACUUCCUGGGGCCACACAGACUGACUCUCUUAUGGCUACUAACAAGUGUCGAGGCCCCAAGUCUGGGGACCCAGCCUGGGAAUGGGGGUGAGUUGAGGGCUCCGACUCAGGGCAGCCGGAAAUCUUCUCACUCCAGGAAGCUCGACCAUGCCGAGAGACUGGCCGGGACAAGAUAUACAGAGCUGGUGGCGGGAGGGACAGCCCCAGAGCAGACCCUUCCCAUGGCGGCCCUGAGUGUGAGUAUCCCUGCCACCGAGAAAGCAGUGGGCAGGGAAGGAAGGGGUCUGCUGACCCCAGCUCGGGGAAUUUCACUAGCCCCUUUGCUUCAAAGGGCACUUGUGUCUUAGAAUUUGGCCAGGGUGGGGGGGUUCACUCAGCCUCCUAGGAGAAAUUGUGUGUGAGAGAGAGAGAGAGAGAGAGCGCGAGAGUGAGCGCGUGUGCGUGUGUGUGCAUGUGUGUGCAUGCAUGGGAGUAUACUUGAGGAAAGGUGUGUUUGCGUAGCCUUAGGGAAGGAAGGCAGUUGCUCCUUAACAGUAGAGCAUCAUGAUAACCCCAGGAUCUUGAGUUUUCACAGGACAGUGGGCUUGUUCAAGGAGUUAGAAGGAGGGCACCAAGUUUUUCUUCUUUCUAAGUAGCUCUGGAACCAGGCUUAUAAUCCAUAAGCACUACUGGCUCUGCAAAGGAUUCUGUUUGGGGGUACUGCAGGGUCUUUUAAGUGCUGUGACCUCAGCCAGUGGUCUUUUCCUCAGGCCCACUCCCCUCCCCUAGAUAGAUUUAGUAUUGGGGCUGGAGAGGGCUCUUCACGUUGAUUCUGAGCUGGCCUUCUUUUCUUAUCAGAUUGCCUAGGCUGUAUACAACCUGCCUCUCACUCUAAGUAGAUGCAAGCACAUGUGUGUAACUGAGGCAGGGUUGAAGGGCUUCAUCUCUUUCUUUCCCUCUACUGUUGGGACCUUUUUCCCCUCACCCUCUGACCUUCGAUGCAUUUGGACUGCUGACCAUUUAAAAGCAGCCUGUAAUUGCUUCUUUUGUAAAGCAAGCAACCUCCCUCUACUUUAGCUGUUUGACUAUUUGGAUUUUCACAUAUUGGGCUUACCCAGAGUGGAGCGCACCUCUAUAGGGCUGUGGUUGACACUGGGUAGACAUUUGCAUCUGUGUUGUGUGUGUGGUGUGGCUGACCAGUAGGUGAGUAUUCCUGCGUGUGUGAGUUAAGCCACUCCCAGGCUGGUGCUCUCCUCCUGUGCCCGGUGACUGCCCAGUGGCAGCUGCAGCUGCCCUUCACUCCCACCUGCUGCCAAAGUCCCUGUGCUAAUGGGAUUACAAAUACAAAAAGUGGAAAAAAAUUUUUUCGUAAACUUUGUUUUAUAUUAAAAAAAAAUCCAUAAGUCUGUGUGUGUGUUAAACAUGAGGUCCUGCCUCUGUGGCUGUGUUUGAAAAAA